AUGGAAGCUCGCGAUUAUGGAUUGGCGGAGUUAUUCAACUGGAAUUGGGAAGAUGUCCAUCAAGUUUACGUCAUUACAACAUGGCUUCUCGUUGCUUCAUUGGCCAAGAUUUUAUUCAACUUGAUGAAACCACUUUCUAAAUGGCUUCCUGACUCUUCACUGCUUAUUAUCGUCGGAUUGGGACUCGGAUACAUCCUUCAUCAAACCAGUCUAUCCGGAGCAAAACUCGAUUCCCACGCUUUCUUUUUGUAUCUUCUCCCUCCAAUCAUUUUCGAUGCAGGUUACUUCAUGCCAAACCGAGCUUUAUUCAAGAAUUUUGACUCAGUCCUAGUCUUCUCCGUUAUCGGUACUCUCUGGAAUACAUUUGCUAUUGGUGGAUCACUUCUAAUCAUGGCUCAAUACGAUUUGUUUACCAUGACGUUCACCACUUUUGAAAUUUUGGUGUUUUCUGCACUCAUCUCAGCUGUUGAUCCAGUUGCAGUUAUUGCAGUUUUUGAAGAAAUUCAUGUUAACGAGUUCCUUUUUAUAAACGUGUUUGGAGAAGCUCUUUUCAAUGAUGGAGUCACCGUGGUUCUGUAUCAAAUGUUCAAGAGUUUCGCAUUGAUCGGGUCCGAGAAUCUGUCUCCAUGGGAUUAUGCGACUGGCGGUCUUUCUUUCUUUGUUGUAGCUAUGGGUGGUGCUGCAAUAGGAAUUAUUUUUGCAAUUGUAACGAGUUUAACAACGAAGUACACACAAGAAAUCAGAAUUCUGGCUCCAGUUUUCAUUUUUCUUCUUCCUUAUAUGGCAUAUCUGACUGCUGAAAUGGUUUCACUAUCUUCAAUUAUUGCAAUUGCGGUUUGUGGAAUGUUGAUGAAACAAUACAUUAAAGGAAAUAUCACAGAAGCUGCCACUAAUUCAGUUAAAUACUUCACCAAAAUGCUCUCCCAAUGCUCCGAAACUGUCAUUUUCAUGUUCCUAGGUAUCUCUACAAUUUCCUCAGAACAUCACGUGGAUCUCAUUUUUAUUGGAGCCACAUUGUUCUUCUGUUUGAUCUACAGAGCUAUCGGAGUGGUCGUUCAAUGUUACGUAUUGAACAAGUUCCGAGCCAAGAAAUUCGAACUGGUUGAUCAAUUUAUUCUGUCUUACGGUGGUCUCCGAGGAGCGAUUGCCUAUGGUUUGGCUGUCUCAAUACCUGCUUCGAUUGCUGCUAAACCAAUGUUUAUUACAACUACAAUUGCUGUUAUUUACUUCACAGUGUUCCUCCAGGGAAUAACAAUCAGACCGCUUGUCAAUUUUUUGAAAAUUAAAAGGAAAGAGCACAGAGAAGCAACAAUGAUUGAAAGUGUCUAUAACAAAUAUUUGGAUUAUAUGAUGUCAGGUGUCGAGGACAUUGCAGGACAGAGAGGUCAUUACAGUUUUAUUGAAAAUUUUGAACGUUUCAACGCAAAAGUUAUAAAACCUGUUCUAAUGAGGCAUGAAACACGACAAAGCUUUGAUGCUACAUCUAUUGUCAGAGCUUAUGAAAAGAUCACUUUGGAAGAUGCGAUAAAAUUGACAAAAGCGAAGAACACCUUACAAAAUAAAAGGAUUGAGAAAGUGAAGAGUAUGAGUCAAGUGGCACCGGAACAGCAGACAGUCACUCCAAAAGAUAUGCAGUUGGCUAGGGUCAUGGACUCCGGAGAAAAUAUCGAUCAACUAUAUAUGUUGUUUAGCGAUUUACUUGAUAAGAAACUUGGAGAACUGAAGAAACAAGCGGAUCGAAUUGAUAGAUCGAGUGAAGAUGAUAUUCAGGAUGAUUACAUGGCACAACUUGGAUCCCAUGCUAAUCUACGUUCAAUGAAUGGAAGUUCUGAUCAGUUAGCCUCGAGUUCAUUAUUUCAUCGAGGAGGACGCAGACUUUCCACUGGAGAUCUUCGUGGGAAUGUUAGGAAUACAUCAAAACAAAAACAUUCAAUGUACGAGUUGAGACAUGUGUAA